AUGGAAAGGUGGAAACAUUUACGUGAUGCUUUUAUCAGAUCAGAAAAGAAUUUCAAACAAUCUAAAGCAAGUGGUUCACAGGCCUCCAAGAGAAAAAAAUACAUUUUUAACGAUGAGCUACAGUUUCUGCGCAAAAUAUACAAGGAAAGAGAAACAGAAGAGAGUUAUGACAACGAAGAUGAGGAGAUUGCAGGACCCAGUGCUGCGUCAGUACUAACGGAAGUGACUGAAAUUGAAGGCUCAACCAAAGCAGUUGUUUCAAAAGCAAAACCGCCUACAAGACAACAUAAAAAGAUGGAUGAUGUCGACUUGAAAAUUUUGCGGGCAAUGGAGCAAACAGAACCGGAAAAAAAAUAA